UCUUUCCCCAACUCCCCCCCUCCCCUCUCUCUCUCUCUCUCUGAACUCACUCCUGCCGUCGACCCAUCCACCUCCGCCUUCGGUCGUCGCCGCUGCCUCCACCUCUGGUCGUCGCCUCCGCUUCCGCCUCAGCCUCCGAUCGUCGUCGCCGCCUCCAGAUCGGCCGCUGCGUCGGUUCUCUCCUGUUAUUUCUUCCUUUCACGUUACUUCUGCAAUAUAAAAUCAAAAUAAAAGAAUAUAUGGAAAAUAGGCGAGAGGGAUGUCCUUGUCUUCCAAUGCACUGAAUUAGUUUAUGAAUUAUGAUUGUCCUUGGCUUUUUUUUUUCCCCUUAUCUCUUCCCUUUUACUUUGCACCUUCUUCAUUCACAACAGGAUGCAAGAACAAUCAGCCUUUUCUGUUUUACUUAAGAAAUAAGGAAUGAACCGCAGCCCUUUGCCAUCUAGAUGGAUUCCUUUUAUGUGAUGCUGUGAUCAGAAGUAUAUAUUGUACCUUUUGUUCCCUUUGUCCCUGGUUUAAUUUUUACAUGAAAUGUGUUCCAGCUGACAAAACAAAGCAUGGUGGUAAACUGUGAGGAGCCCAAGAGAAGAGUGGCAUUUGUAUUGAUUGAUGGGUUGGGUGAUGUGUCCCUGCCGAGGUUUGGUUACAAGACCCCUCUGCAAGUGGCCAAAAUACCCAAUAUGGAUGCCAUUGCUUCUGCUGGAGUCAAUGGCCUCAUGGACCCUGUUGAAGUAGGCCUGGCAUGUGGAAGUGACACGGCACACCUUUCAUUAUUAGGUUAUGACCCUAGAGUAUAUUAUCGAGGUCGAGGGGCUUUUGAAUCAAUGGGUGCUGGAUUGGCAAUGUCACCUGGAGACAUUGCUUUUAAAUCAAAUUUUGCAACUUUAGAUGAGAAAACCGGAAUUGUCAUCAGUAGAAGGGCUGAUCGCCACUUUGAAGAAGAAGGGCCUAUCCUCUGUGCAGCACUAGAUGGAAUGAAGCUACCAUCAUUUCCUGAAUAUGAAGUCAGAGUCAGGUAUGCAACAGAGCAUAGAUGUGGAGUUGUUGUGAAAGGACCAAACUUAAGUGGAAAUAUAUCAGGAACAGACCCACUAAAGGACAAUCGCUUACUUAUACAAGCUGAAGCUCUGGAUGAUACCAACGAAGCAAAACACACAGCUGCAGUUGUUAAUGAAUUAUCCAGGGAGAUCUCAAGACUCUUGAUUUCUCAUCCUCUGAAUGCUAAACGGGCAGCAGAAGGAAAGAACAUUGCAAAUGUUGUCCUAUUACGAGGUUGUGGUAUUCGAAUUGAGGUCCCUCCAUUUGCCGAGCAACAUGGUUUAUGGCCAUGCAUGGUAGCUCCUACUAAAAUUAUAGCUGGCCUAGGUUUAUCACUUGGUAUUGAUAUACUGGAAGCUCCAGGAGCAACAGGAGACUAUCGAACACUCUUGACUUCUAAAGCAAUUGCCAUAGCUAAGGCACUCUCAGCACCUCUGCAAUCUUGCCCCCGAGUUUUUAUACCAGGGGAGGAUGAGCAUAAACCAGGUCGAUCAGAUGGCUAUGACUUUGGGUUCCUUCAUAUUAAGGCAAUUGAUGACGCAGGUCAUGAUAAAUCAAGUAUUUUCAAAGUGAAAGGAUUGGAGGCAGUUGAUCGAGCCAUAGGGCAACUGGCCAAGCUUCUUUGGCAGGCUGAAUCAACCAGCAAUUUCCAAUACUUCCUGUGUGUGACGGGUGAUCACUCUACUCCUGUUGAGUAUGGUGACCACAGCUUUGAACCAGUUCCAUUUGCAUUGUGUCGAUUAAAGGACUUUGUGUCCGCAGCAGGUGGGGAAGCCGUUCUUAUAGAGACUUGCCUCGAUCCAUUUCCUCUUCCAAUUGUCCACGCGGGCAACGAUUCAGCUGAUAAUGUGGAGCUUGAGGCAGGGAGAACUAAACAGCUUCAAGCCUUCUGUGGUGAUUCGGUUUGCGAGUUAAACGAGAUAGCUGCAGCGAGAGGUUGUCUCGGGCGUUUUCCUGGAGGUGAAAUGAUGGGAAUUAUAAAGACAUUUCUUAAACUGAAACCAUGACAUGAUUUUGCUAGCUGCCAACUACCAGAGCUUUUUUGGUGCCUUCAACAGGAGGUGGAAUCUAGAAUCCAGAUGGGUACUUCUUCCAGCUCUUUUAACUCUUUUCAUUGAAUAAAUUCUGCCUUACCAAUUGAUCAGAAUUAUAGAUCUUUGUUGCAAGCAUGUAAUUUCAUUGUGCUACAUAUAGAUGCAUUGCCUCCUUCCCUCUUUUUAA